AUGAACAGAGCAGUUGCUGAUGCCGGCGAGACAGCGUUGCCGGAGCGGCCUGCUGGCAUGGAAAACACCACGGCUGUCAACGACAAGCUGCAGGAUCCGCCACGGGCGCUGUACGGCUGGCGUCUGCACAUGAGCGUGCUCGGACUCUCGCUGGCCCUCAUGUUCUCGGCCCUCGAGACGACCAUCAUCUCGACCGCUCUCACGACGAUCGGCAUGUCCUUCAACAACUUUGCCGCCCGCAACUGCCUCCUCUUUGCGCUUGUCUGGUUUGCCCUCUUCUCUGGACUCUGUGGCGGCGCCCAGAAUAUGCCGCUGACAACGCUCAUCGUCUUCCGCGCCCUCCAGGGUGUCGGCGGCUCGGGCAUUUAUGCCGUCGUCUUUGUCACCAUUGUAGACAUUGUACGCGUCCGUCCGGUCCUGUCGCCUCUUCAAGGCGCCAUUUGCAGCACCGGCGACUGGAAAUGGAUCUUUUUGCUCAAUGUCCCCGGGGCUGCUCUCGCACUCGCCAUUGUCUUCUUCUCUCUGCCCGGUGGCGACGGACACGGCUUCAGCACAGCCCAUCUGCGUCGGCUCGACGUCGUCGGCGCCUUUCUUUCCAUUACCUGCGCCGUCCUGUUGCUCUACGGCCUGCAGACAGGCGGCGACGAGCAUCCGUGGAGCGACGCCCAAGUCAUCGCCACACUCACUGUCGGCGGCUUCUGCAUUCUCCUCUUCUUCGGCUGGGAGCACUGGCGUAUGCGCCGGGCCGCACACUCGCCCAUCGAGCCCAUCUUCCCGCUCCGCCUGCUCGUCAGCAAAAAGGUCACCCUCCUACUCCUGGCCGCCUUCUUCCAGGGCUGCGUCUUUUACGCCUCUGUCAUCAACAUGCCCCAGCUCAAUCAGAUCGUCCGCCAGUCCUCGGCCACCAUGGCUGGCGUCCGCACCCUCCCCAUCCUACUGCCCAUGACUUUUUCUAGCUUCGUGUCUGGUGUGAUCCUCUCCAAGACGCUCCGCUUCGCCUGGCACAUGCUUGCCGCCGGAUCUGUGCUCACUGCCCUCGGUGUCGGCCUGCUCAUCGAAGUCCCCUUUAGCUCCGCUACUCUCGCUCGCAACUACGGCUUUGAGGCCAUCCUCGGCGUCGGCAUGGGCUUCACCAUGGCCACCUUUCUCAUUCUCGGCCGUGUCAUCGUCCAGGACCGUGAUAAUGUCGUGAUGAUAGGGUCGGUUAACAUGAUGCGCACAAUGGGCGGUUGUAUGGCCUUAUCCAGCGUCCAGGCCAUCCUUCACAGUCAGCUUCCCCGGCGGUUGAGCUUUCUACCAGAUGACGUCGUCUCCGAUUUGAUUGACGCUCCCACUACCGUUAUCAAGACAUUAUCAGCUGCCGAAGCGCUCGAGGUGCGUCGUCGGUUCAACGACGUGUAUCGCUUGAGCUUUAUCAUGGUUUCAGCCCUUGGUGGCGUCGCCGUGCUAAUGUCGACGCUCCCGCUGUUUCUUCGCAAAACGAAAUCCACAAAGAGGGAGACCUGUGUCGUAGUCGGACCAGAAAUGUCCAAAGCAUAG